UUUAGCUAAAGCUGCUUGCCCACCAAGUUAAGCACCUUUAUUUUUUUCUUUCUUUUUUCCUCUUUUAUCUCACCCUACAACCAAGACAGCACCUCUUCUUCAAUUUUCUUUCAUUUUUCGUUUAAAGAAAAAACGAACCACAAAUCCAUUGCACAUAUCAUAUGCAAAUGGCAUCCACGGUUCGGAAACUGAAAGUAGAGGUGGUUGAGGCGCGCAAUCUGGUUCCCAAGGACGGGCACGGCACGUCCAGCCCGUACGUCCAGCUGGACUUCUACGGCCAGCGGAAGAAGACAAGAACAUCAGAACGCAAUCUCAACCCGACAUGGAACGAGGUGCUGGAGUUCAACGUUGGGAAGCCGUCGCAGGUGUUCGGCGACAUGCUUGAGGUCGACGUUUACCACGACAAGAGCUGCGGGCCGACGACGAGGAACAACUUUCUGGGUCGGAUAAGGUUGAACUCCACGCAGUUCGUCAGUAAAGGCGAGGAGGCCCUCAUUUAUUUCCCUUUGGAGAAGAAGAACUUAUUCAGUUGGAUUCAAGGUGAUCUUGGGCUCAGGAUCUAUUACGUCGACGAGGUGGUCCCGCCACCAUCUCCGCCGCCUCCGCCGAUUGAAGAAGUUAAGCCUGAGGCGCCUCCGCCGGCUGAACCGGCGCCUCCACCGGAAGAUCAGCCUAAGCCGCCAGAUGAAGCUGGGAAGCAAGCAGAUCCGGCGCCACCCGCUAACGCUGACAAGCCUAAUGAAGAGCCACCAGCUGAUCAAGCUCAAGCUCAAGCUGCAGCAAUUGCUCAGCCAGAAGCCGCGCCGGCAGUGGAAAAUGCGGCUCCUGAUGCUGAGAAGCCAACAGAAGAGCCCCAGUCUGAGCCUCCAGUAGUACCGCCAACAGAAGAGAGUAAAGAUCAGGUGGACCCACCGCCUGCUACAGAGCCUGUGCAACUUGGUCCUGAGAUCGAGAUGAUGGCUGCGUCUGUAACUCAAUCUGUGCCAGAAGUCAAAUUCGCAAGAAGUAACGGUCCGCAGCCGAUCAAAACGCCAUUCGCGCAGCAGAGCUUCACUACUUUGGACCCCACCCAAAGUAUGACGAUCGAGCCGUCCUCAUUCGAUCUCGUCGAUAAGAUGCACUAUUUGUUCGUUCGAGUGGUGAAAGCGAGGUUGCUUCCCACCAAUGGCAAUCCGGUUGUAAAAAUCGCGGCUUCAGGCUACGACGUCAUAUCCAAACCCGCCCGCAAAACCAAUUUGUUCGAGUGGGGCCAGACAUUCGCCUUCCUCCGCCAGUCUCAAGAUCAUUCUUCUUCGUCCAUCUUGGAAGUCUCGGUUUGGGAUACGCCAUCAUCACAGGACCGAGAUUUCUUGGGCGGAAUUUGCUUUGAUGUAUCGGACAUCCCGCUGCGGGACCCACCGGACAGCCCGCUGGCACCACAAUGGUAUCGGCUGGAGGAAGGCGGGCCCCACGGUGGGGACCUUAUGCUUGCCACGUGGGUGGGCACGCAGGCUGACGAGGCGUUCCCAGACGCGUGGAAGACGGAUACCGCCGGUAACGUUAAUUCACGGGCCAAAGUUUACCAAUCACCAAAACUGUGGUACCUUAGAGCCACUGUUGUCGAAGCCCAAGACAUUCUCCCACUAACGGCGUUAAACGAAGAUGCCUCGUUCCAAGUUAGAGCCCAGCUGGGAUUCCAAGUCUUGAAAACCAAAUUGUCCGUCUCGCGUAACGGCACCUCGUCAUGGAACGAAGACUUGAUGUUCGUAGCUGCCGAGCCAAUGAGCGACCAUCUAAUUUUCACCGUCGAAAGCAGGCAACCCAAAGCCCUGGUAACCAUAGGGAUGGCCAGCAUACCACUAACCGCCAUCGAAAGGCGCGUGGACGACCGAAAAGUUGCGUCACGUUGGUUCAGCUUGGAGGAUCCGAACGGCGAGAAGAGGGAUUACAAAGGUAGGGUCCAGCUCCGCUUGUGCUUCGACGGCGGGUAUCACGUGAUGGACGAGGCCGCGCACGUGUGCAGCGAUUUCCGUCCCACCGCCAGGCAGCUAUGGAAACCCCAGAUCGGUAACGUCGUGCUCGGUGUUAUCGGCUGCAAGAAUCUGAUGCCGAUGAAGACGAUAAACGGUAAAGGCUCCACCGAUGCUUACUGUGUCGCUAAAUACGGUUCGAAGUGGGUACGCACACGUACGGUUUGUGAUAGUUUGGACCCCAAGUGGAAUGAGCAGUACACGUGGAGGGUUUAUGACCCAUGCACUGUGUUGACAGUUGGAGUAUUUGACAGCUGGGGAGUAUUCGAAACGGACGGCUCAAAGGAAGCCACGCGUCCCGAUUUCCGAAUCGGGAAGGUUCGGGUACGCAUUUCCACGUUGCAGACGGGCAGGGUUUACAGAAACAUGUACCCAUUGUAUGUGUUAUCUAAUUCAGGGAAGAAGAAGAUGGGUGAGGUAGAAAUCGCUAUAAAAUUUAUACGUGAGGCUCCCACGUUAGAUAUCCUCCACGUGUACUCGCAGCCCUUGCUGCCGUUGAUGCACCAUAUAAAGCCGCUUGGAAUGGUCCAGCAAGAGAUGUUAAGAAACACGGCCGUGAAGAUUGUAUCCGUACACCUGUCACGAUCCGAACCGCCGAUUAGGCGGGAAGUCGUGCUUUACAUGCUCGACGCGGACUCGCAAGCAUUCAGCAUGCGAAAAGUACGGGUAAACUGGUUCAGGGUCAUCAACGUGAUUGCCGGUCUGAUCGAUAUCGCGCGAUGGAUGCACGACACGCGUCUAUGGAAGAAUCCGACGGCUACGAUUCUGGUGCACGCGUUGCUUGUCAUGCUCGUGUGGUUCCCUGAUCUAAUUGUCCCCACGUUAGCAUUUUACGUGUUCGUGAUUGGUGUAUGGAAUUACAGGUUUCGGUCAAGGGACCCACUCCCUCAUUUUGACCCGAAGAUCUCGCUGGUUGAUACAGUUGACCGUGAUGAGCUGGACGAGGAAUUCGAUGGCCUGCCGAGUAAUAGACCAGAUAAGAUGGUGCGCGCGAGGUAUGAUAAGCUACGGAUGAUUGGGGCACGUGUGCAGACAUCACUGGGGGAUUUUGCGACGCAAGGCGAAAGACUGCAAGCGUUGGUGACGUGGAGGGACCCACGUGCGAGUGGGGUUUUUGUUGGAUUGUGUUUUGUGGUGGCGAUGAUAUUGUACAUGGUGCCGUCGAAGAUGGUGGCGAUGGCGCUUGGGUUCUAUUAUUUGCGCCAUCCGAUAUUCCGAGACCGGAUGCCGUCACCGGCGUUGAACUUUUUCCGGAGGCUUCCUUCCCUCUCCGAUCGAAUUAUGUGAGAGUAAUGAUGAGAAGGCAUGCUGCAUGUUGGCCUAUAUAUAUUUAUCCAGUUCUACUGUUCUAGUAGUAGCUAGCAAUUGUGUGGUACUCGAACCCUUUUUUUUUUUUUGGAAUAGUGUAUCUCUUACCCUCUUUCAAUCUUUUCUACUAAAUAA